AUGGCGUCCAAGAAACAGAUCAUUCCGAUACUUCUUUUGUCGGCAAUUCAGGCCUCUGCAGUACCGGCCCCGCAAGCGAGUUCUACUGCUCAGCCAACAUCAUUCACGGCUAAUCCCAAUGUUGGCCCUGGAGGAACUAGCUACAAGGACUCCGACCAUUUUCGGCUCUACUCGUCGGGUCAGGGCAAUGCCGACGCGGUUUUAACUAUGCUUGAAGCCGCCUAUAGCUGCUAUGUCGGUGACCUUGGGUGGACCACUUCAGGAAUCCCAUAUAACGCGGACCCCAACACCGUGACGACACUGUGGAAGGAAAAUGUCUACGAGGUAAAUGAUCUGGGCGGUGCCGCAGGCGUGCAAAAGUCGGACCCCAACACCGGUCUCAGCUGGCUGGAGGUGAUUCCGUCUUCGCUCGCGGAUCCGAGAGUCACCGUCCAUGAGUAUGGUCAUGCCCUCACCUAUCACAGUCGGAACUGGGUAGACCAGACCGCGACAGGUGCAUGGUGGGAAACGGUCGCCAACUGGGUGGCCGAUACAUUUAACACCUCUCCACUAUGUGCUCAGGCAAGGUCCAACCACAACCAACCGACGGGUGAGAGCAUGAUCGAGCUCAACAAAGUGAUCGGAGACUCCUUUCAGGUCAUUGUGGAUGGCUCGACGGGGAGUGGCAACUACUACCAGGCGUGGCCAUUUUUGACUUAUUUGACCAACAACCCGGACAACUAUGCGGGUUUGGGCAGCGAUGUUGUUCGCCAGCUGUUCGAACAAUAUGCGAAGGGCAGCAAUGAAACUCCUCUCCAUACCCUUGCGCGCGUUUCGACGGCCGCAUCCGCCCAGGAAAUCGUCGGUCGCUACUGGGCUCGCAUGGCCUACGUGGAUAUCGGCCACACAAUUGCUCAGAAAGCAUUCCUCAACCAGAGGAGCGGCCUCAACUAUGCGAAUGUCGAUUCCCAAGGCGACGGUGCCUAUGUGGUCAAGUCUUCUCGCAAGCCACAGUACAUGGGUGCCAACAUCAUUCCCCUCAGCAAUACUGGAACUGGCCAUGUUCAAGUUAGCAUUGCUACCGACGGGGUAUUCUCUGCAACGCUUGCUAUCCGCAACACCAACACGGGCACUGUUCGGUAUGUCUCGCUCGAGAAUGGGUCAGGCUCGGCUACCCUGACGAGCAAUGAAGAGGCCAGUGUCGUGAUUGCCAAUACCCCCAACACACUCUACCAGUAUGAUGCAUUCAAGCUCACUGAGGAGGUUCAGCAAGGGCUGGACUAUACCAUCCAGAUCUCCGGAGCUACUGUGCAAGGCACUUCAGAAUCCUCAUCCACAACAGGGUCAACAGGAUACCAAGGCUUACCUUCCUUCUUUGGUUAAUCAUAUUUGUACUU